UUUAUUAUUUAAAUAUUUGGAAAAUAUCAUUAAAAAAACGUAACAAACAAAGCCUAAGAAAUUACCAUGGAACGAAGUCUUAUUUGGAGCUGCAAAAAGUCACUGGGGUCUUCAAUGUGAUUUACAGUUGAAGAUUGUCAUGUAAAGUACAAGUCUUGAUCAGUCUCCGGAGACAUCCACAGCGUCCGCCAGUCCUCCUUAUAUUCAUUUAACGCCGCCGCUUCCGCCGCCGCCCUCUCCCGCUUUUUCCAGCUUAGACAGUACGUAUCUUCAACCCCUAACCCCGUCCUUCACUAUUUAUUUUCAGGGAAGAAGAUUUCUUCACGGCUAAAUUAAUGAACGCUGGGUCAUGGGAUGGUAUAGAAGAUCGAAAUUCACUUUUGAUGCUUUCCGCUAUUUCACUUCCAAAAUCAUACCAAGGGAGAAUGCACUUCAGAGCUCCGCUGUGAAAACCCACCUCAAUGGCUGUUCUUCUCGUAUUCCGACUGUUAACAAAUCGAGGGCCUAUGGGUUCGGUCUUUCUGGCCCGACAGUAAGAACCCCCGCUUCCCGGAAUCAGUCUGGUCUCGCCGCCCAAAUUUUGAGGAAUUCAGGUUCUCGAUUAGGGCUCCGGCAAGAUACCGGCUACCCUUUUCCCGGAGUCGGUAGGAGGUACUAUUAUGUGGAUCGUUACCAAGUUCGUCACUUUAAGCCUCGGGGAUAUAAGAAUUGGUUUCAGAAUCCAAGAAAUGUUUUCGCUGUGGUUUUGGUGUGUUCUGGAGUGGUGAUUACGGUGUACUUUGGCCACUUGGAAGCUGUUCCUUACACAAAGAGGACGCAUUUUGUGCUUUUGUCCAGAAAUGUCGAGAGAAAGCUCGGAGAAACUCAAUUUGAGGAGAUGAAGAAGUCUUUCAAAGGAAAAAUCUUGCCACCCAUACACCCGGAAAGUGUGAGGGUGAGGUUGAUUGCAAAAGAUCUCAUUGAGGCCCUGCAAAGAGGUUUAAAAAAGGAGCAAAUUUGGAGAGAUCGUGGUUAUGCAUCUGAGCUUCACGUUGAUGAACAUGGGGAUGGGCAUGCCACAUUGAUGGCAUUGAGUGAGGAUCCUCCUUCUAUGGAGGGAAAAUGGAAUAAGGAAGAUGAGAUUCUUGAUGAUAAGUGGGUUCAGCAGAGCCGGAAGAAAGGUAUAGAGAAAGGGAAGGAACCUGCUACUCAGCAUUUGGAGGGGUUGAAUUGGGAGGUUCUGGUUGUUCAUGAACCUGUGGUAAAUGCAUUUUGCUUGCCAGGAGGCAAGAUUGUUGUGUUCACUGGGUUACUUAAUCAUUUUAGAACAGAUGCUGAAAUUGCAACCAUCUUGGGGCAUGAGGUGGCCCAUGCUGUGGCUCGACAUGCAGCUGAGGGUAUUACUAAGAACCUAUGGUUUGCCAUUAUGCAACUGAUUUUAUAUCAGUUUGUGAUGCCUGAUCUUGUGAACACAAUGUCCAAUCUUUUCUUAAGGCUCCCAUUCUCGAGGAAGUAAGUUCUCAUUUUUAAGUCUGUUCUUAUGGCUAAGGUUUUACUGUUUUUCGUACAUGCAAACCUUCAUAUUGUUCUAAGGAUAUUAAACCUCAACCUCUGGUGUCACAUAUGUGCUACUUUGUCCAUUAUUUUAUGACCACAUAAUAUAACUAGCUCGGCACUUAAAUAUGCUGACAAAAAAGUUUGAUCCUUUUAGAUAUGGAACACCCAAAGAGGUGGAUGUUUACUAUCAGUUGGACUAGCAUUGAUUGUAGGAGUGCUUGAAACUUCUCAUGAAUAUGACUGAGUUUUCCACUACGCUUUGCAUAUACUUUGACUGGGUCCGAAUGCCCGUGCUUUAUCCCAGAAUUUCUAAGCAGACUAAUUUCGCUGUAAGGUGUAAGAUUUUUGCAUCAGUCGACUCCCACUUGCAGGUUCUUCAGGUGAAGAACCUUUUACUUUUCUAUCACCACACUCUCCACUUUGCAGAAAAGUUUAAUUUAGCCUUGUAAAUGCAAUGAAGCCAUUGGGUUUUUAUUAUUUCAAAGAAAUUUCAUUUCAGGAUUCUUAUAUGUGCUUCACAUAAAUUUUAUCGGGUAUGAACUUAAGUUGCCGCUACUGUUCUGCUCUGGCUGUUACCUUUUAUUCAUUACAUAUGAAAACCGAAAUGAAAAUAAGCUAGAUGGCCUGCUUUUGCUCUUGUUAUUGUCGGCGGAAUCCUUAGUUAUGCUGCUUCGCUUUGAUGCUUGUUAUUUUAACGGUUCCUUACUGCUGCUUCUCCUUCUCGCCUGUGCCUGCAAAAAUUCGGGAUUUACCAUUAUUCUCCCGAGCUCCAUUCUUUAAUUUGGUGUAGUGGAAUAGUACCCUUUUGAGUUCUUUCUAUAUAUUAUAUUUUCUUUAAAAAGAAAACAUGGGUUCAGUCUUUUAAUAAACUAAUAUCUUCAGAGGUAUAAAAAGUUGCAGAUUUUGUCUCUGGUCUUCUUGGAUUUUUAUGAGUACAUAUAGUUAGUCUGACGUUGACCUCAUUCUUAUUGGCAAAGUACAUACUUAUGCUGUUUUAUUUAAAUGAUCACAUGUCUAUCUGAGAUGCAAAGGGUCUUUCACAGGAAUUGUAGUGGAUGUCUAUUGCCAUCAGAUUGUUUCAUUUCCUCAUUUCUUCUUUGUAAUUAGUUGGCUUGCCUUUCAAUAUUCAAUGAUAUGAAUUUCUAUUGCUUGGCAAUUUCAUAUGUUCGGGCUCCUUUUCAUCCACUUGGUCUUUCUAGUGUACUUUGGAUAGAAAUUGUUGAGUUUUGAGGAGCUGAUUUUGGUUUUUAAGAUUUAAUAUGCUUAGCUUGGACAAUACAUGGUUGAUCAUGGGAACCGUGGGUGUACUGAGAAUAAAUCUGAGAACUUCAUUUCUAACACAUGAAUCAAUGUUAGAUUGUCUAUCAACUUUUUUAGUUACUGGGUCAUAUAUUGUUUCGUAGGAUGGAGAUGGAGGCAGAUUACAUAGGGCUGCUUUUAAUGGCUUCAUCAGGAUAUGAUCCUCGAGCGGCUCCCAAGGUUUAUGAGAAGUUGGGUCAGAUUACCGGUGAAUCAUCAUUAAGAGAUUAUUUAUCUACUCACCCUUCAGGCAAAAAGAGAGCAAAAUUGUUGGCUGAAGCUAAAGUUAUGGAAGAAGCUCUCCUUAUCUACAGGGAAACUCAGGCAGGGCGAGGGAUCGAGGGUUUCCUUUAGGAGCCUUGUCAUUCUGCUUUCGCCUUCGUCUCCUGAAAAGGGUUUUUUGGAGUUAAUGACCAGGGUCAUUUCUGUUCAGUAAUAAAUGGUGUUUGUGAUGUUUCAUGCGUAUCACACAUUCCCUUGUCCCAAAUGAUCAUCAGUACUAAAAGUGACAAAGUUGUAACGUCAUUGAGCCAUUUAACUAUAGAUUCAUGGUCUUGUCCAUUGUCUCUUCUCUCCUCCCCUUUCAGCCAAAUGUCGCUACUUCUGUUGUCAUUUAGAGGUUGUUUUGAUUAUCAAGGUGAAGUUUCUUAUUAUGUAAAAAUGACUUUUCGGAAUUCUCAAGUUUCAUUAUUGCCACCUUCUCUUUUAUUCAUAAUUCUGAGGAUGGCCACAAUGGUUUUGAGGAUUCUUAUUUUCUUAGAAGUAUGACGUUAUAUGCAGGCUGAUAGUCAUCCAGCGACGUAACAUUUUGGUUUUUGACCACACUUGCAAUGUCCCAUUUUCCACAUUGGAAUUUAAAUCAUUAAAAGAAGAAGAAGAAAGAAUGGUUUUCCAAGGCAGCGAUUUAUCGCCUGCCAUGCUUUCUUGCAGGGUAGGAGGCAGCAGCAGGCAAAAGAGACGCUUUUAAAGGUGGACAAGUGAACUGAAUAUGCACGCGUAAAGUCUCCCUCUCAUAGACUUCACCCAUGUAAUAAUUAAGGCACUUGUAGUUGGUUCUUGUC